GUGCAUAUAUGAAAGUGUUUCGGAGCCGGGUUGGCGAAACAUUUUUUUCACACAAAAUUAAAAUGAUUAAAAAUUGUGAACCAUUUAAACCAGAAAACGAAUAUAGUCGAUAUAAUCUAUAAAUCACUAAGUACAAACACAAGGUAAAUACCGAUUUUUAUAGUGAAGUUCUUACUUAUAUUUCUAUCCAAGAUUUGCAUCGUACUUUCAUGCUUAAAGUGGAAGUCAAGUCCGUAUGUAAUCAAACGGUUUGUUUACAUUUUGAACUUCACUAUUUUUUAAAAUACGUUGUGCUGUCUGAAUAUCUAACACUAUUUAGGUUCGUUACGCUUCUAAAUUAAUAUGAACUAGAGUUAAUGUAAAGAAAUAAUAAGAAACAUGCGAAAUUUAGGCAAUUUUCACAUCAGAGGGCCCAUACUUGUUAUGAGCAGAACCUAUGCGCAGAACGAACUUGACUUCCACUUUAACUGUGUGAAAACUUUUAUUUUAAGGCGAAGAGCAAUUUGCCGUUUUUGAUUGUUACAACAACAAAGUCUACGCAGAUGGAGUUGAGAUAACACAGUCGAGAAUUGUUAUACACGCGAUUUCCCUAUUUACUGAAGAAGUUGUGGCCUUUUGUGUUCCGGCCAAGACCCGCCUUAUUGCAGUCAGGAAUGAAUUACAAAUGCAAGGCGCUUAUCUUCUCGCUUCAAUCGGAAACAAACUGGUAACGAACAAGGAAUGGAGAUGCGUUGAAACCAUGAACGAGGAGGACUGGUACAAAGUGAAAUAUAUCGACAAGAAUUGGCCUCAGGCCCAUGAGAAAUCACGCGGGUCGGUGGUACCAUCAUUACUACACAAAGAUAUUUACAACAUUUCACGGAACGCUAUGCCUAUAUCUGCGUCACAAGGGUCGUCUCCUAAAUAUUAUUGCCGAGCCUGGAUUGGCCACCGUCCUUCCGUCGAGGAAAUACUAACACGCUCAGCGUUUGCACGAAAAACUGGGAAACAUCAACGUCUGGAUUUUCAUCUCUUGAAAUCAUUCCUUGUUCAUGAUAUUUUCGAUUGCGUCACCCGCUGCCUGGAUCACGAAGAUUGCGUUUCUAUGAAUGUUGCAAAUUCCAAGAACUCGGAUAUGUUGCAAACAUGCGAAUUAAACAGGAAAGUUAAGAGGGAAGCGCGUGGAUAUAUGUUGAUGAACAAGGACUAUGAUUAUUAUGAUAUUUUCAGGCAGUAACAUUGUGCAAGUUAAAGACAAACAUGCGUCUUAGCUUUAUCUAUUGUCAGUGAUAAAAUUUUGUAUUUAAAUUUUACACUGUGCAGUCUUCAGUGAUUUAGACCAGGAAUGCUAGAUAUAUUUUGCAUAAUGGUUCUCACACCGUACUCUAGAGAACUGUAUAGAACCUUAAAGUACUAUCUUGUACCUUAUAGUACCCUAUAAUAAUGUCUAGUAACCUACAGUGACCUGUAGAUACAGCACCCGAAAAGACAUCAAUAAAGAAU